AUGCACGUCAGCCAGCAGCCCGUGAUCGCGUUUCAGGUGACGCGCUGCCUGGCGUCGGCAUACGAUGUUCGCCACUUCUUGCUUGCGCUCUCCGCCACGGCCUUGGACGACUCUCUCCGCGCGCUCCUUCAGCUCUUGGAGACGGUCGCGCCAUCGCUCGUCUGGCCCCAAGUCCAUUGCGGCGCUCUGCCUGCCUCUGCGCGCGGGCUUCUUCAAACGGCGCUGCCAGUCAUCUCCAUACUCCGCAUUCCCCAAUUCUGGCCGCACCGUCUCUUGUUGCCACCGACCAUGUUGGUUGUCGUCGACGACACAUCCCACGGCUCGCCUCUGGCAAACCACGUUGGACAUGACGCAAGCCGACUUGGCAGCUCGCUCACCGAGUAUGCAGCCUACAUCAUUGACGUGACGCUCUUCAUGCCACUUGGAGAAACCACCGCCUUGUGUGCUGCGCUCCGUGCCUGCUGCAACGUUCGGCGCGCCAACUUACUGUGGGAAGAAGUCGACCAAGCCGCGCUCGAUGCGCUAAUGGCCAUGAUGACUUUGUCGUGGCCUCACCUGAAGACCCUGCAGCUCGGUUCCGAACGCCGCUCGGAGCGUUCGUGGAUUGAUGACGCCGGCAGCGUCUGCCGAUGGCUCGCGGUUGCGCGCGUGUCGUCGAUCACGUUUCAGGCGAUCGAGUUUCUUUCCCGAACGGCCUCUAUCGUUGUGGAUGCGCUGCUGACAUCGCCGACGCUCGUCGCACUGCAGCUUAUGAACGCUGUGUCGCUGACCAUUCUGUUGGCGAACGGCCGCGCGACGCCCGACCGACUGACGACGCUGCAGAUUCGCCUCCCACGCUAUCCGGUCGGGGGCUUUGUCGCCAAGUGGGCGGCCAAGCUCCGAGGCGCGCGGGCGCUUCGCGAGCUCGUGAUCGAAGGCGAGAUGCCGAGCAUGUUACAAGCGCUGGCGACCGUGGACAGCUUGCGAUGCCUCCAACAUCUGACGAUCAGCAGCGACGUCGAUGACCUGCCAUCGUCCCUCGAUCGACUGCGCCACCUCCGUUUUGUGAACUGCACGUUGGCACCGAUGGCCUUGACAUCACUCGUGACGAUCUUGCAAUCGACGAGCUCGCUGCAGACGCUCGGCCUCGAUCACGCGAGCCUGACGCCGAGUCAACUCGAUGCGCUGUGCAGCGUCCUGCCCCAGUGGCUCGGUCGCUGCGGGACGGUGUUGGACCUCACUGGCAACGAUGUUGGCGAAGCAGCCAGCUGGCGCCGCUCGAGCCACUAUGCGCUUUCCGGCUCCAAAAGUCCGUUGCGGUGGAAACUACUGGCGCGUGGACUUGUCCGAGUGCUAUCGCUGGCGUCGACGAUCACCCAAAUGCAUUGUCCGCACGCGGUGACAAUACAUCUACGCAGCAACGGACUCUCGCACCUCGCUCGACGCGCCUGUGUCAUGGCCUUGGCGUUGAGUAAGAACGUGAUGCUCGACCUGCAAGACAACAAGGACGCUACGUCUCGAGGUGACGAGACCAGUGGAGACGACGACGAUCAAGACAUUACAGCACUGGCCACGUCGCUGGGUCUGCAGUCGCUGGCGCCAGACGUCUUCACGUCCUGA